UCUUACUGGUCUUCAUCCAAAAAUUCCAACUAAUAUUCCACAAGGUUUAGUUAAAUUAAUAGAAAGUUACUGGCAUCAAGAUCCAAAAAAUCGUAUAAAUGAUUUAGCAAAUAAACUAAAUAUAAAUUAUAGAAAAAGCAGAACGAGGGGAAAUAAAAUUUCUGAAAAAUGGAAAUACAAAUAUUUUACCAAUUAA